AUGGCGCCGGCGCUCGCAUCCUCCACCUCACAAAUCUCACACUUCUCUCCCGCAGAACUCUCCUACCUGCACACCUCCCUCGCCCACCCUCACCAUCCCAUUCGCCCCGACGGUCGCGCCGCCACGCAGUUCAGACCACUCACAGCGGAAGCGGAUAUUCUGCCCAACACCAACGGGAGUGCGCGCAUCGGGUUUGCGGACGGGACGCAGGCGAUUGUGGGUGUGAAGGCGGAGGUGGAGAGGACGGUGAAGGUGGGGAUUCUGGGGGGGAGGGGGUUGGAGGGGGAGGAGGAGGAUGGCGGAGAGGAAGGGGAUGAGGAUGGGGAUGGUGGGAGGAGAAGAGGUGGUGGUGGUGGUGGUGCUGGGGGGGAGAGCUCGUGGGUGGAGAUGUCGAUUGAGGUUCCUGGGUUGAGGGAUGAUGAUGCGUUGCCGGUUUUUUUGGCGGAGAUGAUGAGGGAGGCGCUUGUGGGAUCGGGAUCGGGAGGAGGGCAGGAUGAUGGUGGGAUGCUUGGUGGGUUGAAGGGGAGGUUGGUUAUCAAUCAGGGGUGGCAUUGGAGGAUAUAUAUCGAUAUAUUACUUCUCUCCCCGCCGCUAUCGUAUCCUCUUCCGCUGCUCUCACUCACGACGCAUCUCGCACUACUCUCCACCAAACUACCACGGCUCGUCUCCAAGGACGAAGAAGAUCCCAUGUUCAACGACGACUGGGCUGCCGCGGAAUACCUCUACCCUCGCACCGAAACACUUUCCAAGGCAGGAAUGCCACCGCGACAAACCUUCCGACCACCAGUUACGCUCCUCGUAAUCUCCGUUGGCGACAACAUCAUCUUCGAUCCAAGCAGGGAGGAAAUCGCCGUCGCCGACGCGGUGUUUUGCGUAUCCAUCGGCCGCGACGAGAAGACGUCCAAAGAUGAGCAGGACGCCGGGGAGUCGAGCAACCUGAAGCUCCUAGCCAUUCGUGCGGUCGACCCGCCAUCCCGCCUCACGAACUCGGGCCUGUCCAAUUCGGAAAAUGCAACGAACAUUGGGAUCAGCGCGGGCGAAGAGGCUGGUUCGCAGCAGCUUACGACGGGCAAUGUGACGCAGGGAGUGUGGAAGCCCAGACAGGGCGGUGUCAAGCGGGGAGUUAUCUCGAGGAUUGUGAAGAUGAUAUUGCAAAAGGGUGGUGUUGGGGAGGAGGUCAUGGCGGGCUUGGAAGGGGUGGAGGUGGGAUAA